ACCCGACCCCGCCUUCGCCCCUCGAUUGGGCGCUCAUUUAAAUGCCCGGCCCCGCCCCAAGCUCCGGGCGCGUAUAUAUAGGCGGCUCGGCGGGCGGCGGGCGGCAUUCUGGCGCGGAGCUGAGCGGUGGCUGGCGUAGCAAGCGGGCCGGACGCGGAGUGGGGCGUGCAGCUUGGUUUCCCCCCCACACACCCCUCCCCCUCCGGCGCCAGCCCCACCCCUCUGCGGGCCGCCCCGACCCCACCGAACUAUCCCUUGCGGCGCGAGCCGGGGCGGCUCCGGGCGCCCCCAACAGACCACCCCCCCCCCCCAUCAUGGGCAGCCAGAACUCCAAGGCUCCCCGGGGCGACGUGACCGCCGAGGAGGCAGCAGGCGCUUCCCCUGCGAAGGCCAACGGACAGGAGAAUGGCCACGUGAAAAGCAAUGGAGACUUAACCCCCAAGGGGGAAGGGGAGUCGCCCCCCGUGAAUGGAACAGAUGAGGCAGCCGGGGCCACUGGUGAUGCCAUCGAGCCGGCACCCGCUAGCCAGGGUGCUGAGGCCAAGGGGGAAGCCCCCCCGAAGGAAACCCCCAAGAAGAAAAAGAAAUUCUCUUUCAAGAAGCCUUUCAAAUUGAGCGGUCUGUCCUUCAAGAGAAAUCGGAAGGAGGGUGGGGGCGACUCUUCGGCCUCCUCACCCACCGAGGAAGACCAGGAGCAGGGCGAAAUCGGGGCCUGCAGUGAUGAGGGCACUGCCCAGGAAGGAAAGGCCGCCGCCACCCCCACCGCGGAGAGCCAGGAGCCCCAGGCGCAGGGGGCUGAGGCCAGCGCUGCCUGCGAGGGAGGAGACACGGAAGAGGAGGCAGCGCCCCCGGCAGCAGCGGCAGAGGCGUCCACUCCCUCCGGGCCAGAGAGUGGCCCAACAGCGGCCAGUGCCGAGCAGAAUGAGUAGCUGGGUGGGGGCAGGUGGAUGAUCUCCUGAGCUACUAAAAACUGUGCUGCCCUUGUGAGGUCACUGCCUGGCCCCUGUGCCCUGGCUGCCUUCCUGUGCCCAGAAAGGAGGGGCUCCUGCCCCCUCCCAACCACUUCCCUCUCCUCCCCCUCUUGUGGAGUCCCCCACUGGCCAUCUGGUCUCCCUCUGAAGGCCAGUUGAAGAUGGUCCCUUUCAUUCUCCCAAGUUAGGUUAGUGAUGUGAAAUGCUCCUGGUCCCGGCCCCUUCCUGACUCCCUGUCCCCCACCUCCCUGCAGAAGGCAAUUGCUGGUUUUCUCCCUCAGUUCUUUUCCAAGUAGGUUUUGUUCACCUUGCUCCCCAAAUCCCUGAGCCAGAAGUGGGGUGCUUACACUCCCAAACCCUGAGUGUCCAACCUUCCCCCUGUUGAGUUUUUAGUCUCUUGUGCUGUGCCUAGUGGCACCUGGGCUGGGGAGGACAAUGCCCCUGUCUGGGUUUUUAUAAAUGUCUUACUCAAGUUCCACCCUCCAGCUUGUGAAUCACCUGUGUCCCUUUUUUGACUUGGCAAGCAAGUAUUAGGCUUUGGGGUGGGGGGAGGUCUGUAAUGUGAAACAACUUCUUGUUGUCUUUUUCUCCCAUUGUUGUAAAUAACUUUUAAUGGCCAAACCCCAGAUUUGUACUUUUUUUUUUCUAAUUGCUAAAACCAUUCUCUUCCACCUGGUUUUACUGUAACCUUUGGAGAAGGAAUAAAUGUCGUCCCUUUA